AUGCACUUCCUAGCAGCACUCACACUCGCCUCGGUCGCCCUGGCGGCACCGCAACCUCAGGCUGGGGGCGCAUGUACUGCCGGAAAAUUUCAGUGCUCCGCGGACGGCAGCGGCUGGCAAACUUGCGACGUCACCGGCACAUGGCAGCCCGGGGGCUCAUGUGAUGCGUCCACCCAGGCCUGCACGAUCAACGAAGUCAACCAAGUGCCAUACUGCGCUGCCAAAGGCGGCGCCGGCGCCGGGUUCCCAAGUGCUGGUCCCUCAUCGGGGGCCGCCUUCACAACAGCUAGCCAGACAGCUGCCGUAGCAACCGCCAGCUCUUCAGCUGCCGUACCGACGGCCAGCUCGGACCCAGAGACCGAUCCCACCAUGGCCGGAGGCGGCUUCAUCCAGCUCCCGUCCAGCGCUGCCGCCUCGUCCUUCGCCGUCUCAUCUGGAGCCAUCUUUUCUGGUGUCAUGUCAUCUGGAAUCGCCUCGUCUGCAGCCGCUACGCCCACCACAAUGGUAGAGAAGUUCAAGGAACGCCGCUUCUUGCCCCACAAGGACAACCGUGCACGGGGUCUGUACUAA